UAUUUAUGUAAAAGAAAUGUCUGGUAAUGUUCAGUGCCGAUGGAUAUACACAUGCAGUCAGGAAUGAACCCCGCGAUCUACCAGUUUGUUAUAAUUCAAUAUUUCCCCAGUAGAUGGCAGAAACCUGCACAUUUACCACUUGACAAGGUCUACGUUGACGGGUGCCGCUGACUGGGUUGGACGGAGUUCUGUCAUGUGAAGAGAUACUAGUGAAGUGGUACGGUGGCGAAGGGGAGUGGAUACCGUGUUUGGAAUUAUUUUUAUAAGUGUUAUUUUUCUCGAUAGUGUGUCGGACAAUUCGUGUAUGAUUCAAAUUAUUUCUUUCGAAAGUAGUUUUCGCGCUUCUCCGAUACCUCUCCCAAACCAUGAUGGAUGGUCUAGAUGAUACUGCUGAUAUUCUUAACGACGAUGUUCGAAAGCCAGGGCGAUCGGAGACUGUUGAUUUGACUGAUAAUUCUCUUAUGGUGGAUAUAUCAGAUGCUCUUAGUGAGAAGGAUAAAGUAAAAUUUACUGUUCAUACCAAGACUACUCUACCAGAAUUCCAAAAACCUGAAUUCUUAGUAGUGAGACAGCAUGAAGAAUUUGUUUGGUUACAUGACAGGUUUGAAGAAAAUGAAGAUUAUGCUGGUUAUAUUAUUCCACCUGCUCCGCCAAGACCCGACUUUGAUGCGUCUAGGGAGAAAUUACAAAAGUUGGGUGAAGGAGAGGGGACAAUGACGAAGGAAGAAUUCAAUAAAAUGAAACAAGAGUUGGAAGCGGAAUACCUGGCAACUUUCAAGAAAACUGUAGCAAUGCAUGAAGUAUUCUUAUGCAGACUAGCGAAUCAUCCUGUCUUUCGUAAUGACCACAACUUUAGAGUUUUCUUGGAAUACGACCAAGAUUUGUGUGUGCGUGGUAAAAAUAAAAUGGAAGUCAUUGGUGGUUUAAUGAAAUCUCUUACUAAAACCACUGAUGAAUUUCUGUUGUCUGCUACUGUGAAAGAUGUAAAUGAUUUUUUUGAACAAGAGAAGAACUUCCUCAUUGACUACCACAAUCAUUUAAAAGAUGCUACUGCAAAAGCUGAUAGAAUGACUAAACGCCAUAAAGAUGUUGCAGAUUGUUAUAUUAAGAUCUCCUCUGGUCUUGUUCAGUUGUCCACUAUAGACAAUAGUGAUUUGGAAAAAUUUUUAACAAAAGUUGCCGAAACUUUUGAGAAAGCUAGAAAGAUAGAAGGUCGCGUUGCCUCAGAUGAGGAUCUCAAGCUCUCAGACACCUUAAGAUAUUACAUGAGGGACUCAUUUGCUGCAAAGAGGCUUUUAUACAGAAGAUUGCGUUGUUUGGUCAAUUAUGAAAAUGCCAACCGAAAUCUGGAAAAAGCUCGAGCUAAAAAUAAGGAUGUUCAUGCAGCCUUGGAAGUAGCUGAUGCUGAACUUGCUCAACAACAGGCCUGUGAGAAGUUUGAGCAGAUGUCUGACAAAGGGAAAGAAGAACUUAUGGAUUUCAAGACUAGGCGUGUAGCUGCGUUCAGAAAGAACUUAGUAGAUCUAGCAGAGCUGGAAUUGAAACAUGCCAAGGCACAAGUGCAACUGUUCAAGAACUGCUUAGCAAGUUUGCGGGACGAGUGAUGGCGGGAGGAUUUGCUCUGCAUUCCUCCGACUGAAAUCUCUUCAUUUGUCCAAUAGAGGAAGGGGAAGGAGGCAGCAAGCAAUGUAUGGUGUUAAAACCACCGAUAAAUGGUUUGUACUGCAGGAGCAGAGCUCCUUAUAAGUUCAGAAUAAUGAGUUUUGAAAGUGGCCCUACACGUAACACCAAAGAAGUGUUUAUGUAUAAAACUAUAUCUAUGAAUGGAGGAUUGCUUUACACAUUUUUGCUACCAAAUGAUUCUGUAUGAUGCAAUUACUAUUUCAUAUUUCAUGUUGGUGAUUCGCAGAUGUUGUGUGUUAUGAUAAGGGUCACAAACAAUUAGUUAUUUUUGUAAAAACUUUUGAUAAAAAUAUUUUUAUUAGUGUAGUACGUGGGUAGGAAAUUUUGCUUCACGGGAAUUGUCUCACUGCAUUUAAAAAAAUUAUAAAUAUAGUAACUUGGAGUUCUCCAUUUUCAUUCAUGUAAAAUUUGUAGAGUAGCUGUUGACUGCAUCCAGUGUUGAAGAUUACUGUAAUAAUGUUUUUGUACUUGUGAAGUACGUACUGUAUGUCACUGCAUAUAGCCUAUUGUUGUUUCAAUUCUUGAACCAUUUUCCUCUUGUAAAUAUAUCAGAGUUUGGCAUGCUUGAAAAUAAUUCUUAGAGAUCUUGUGGAAAUUAAAUCCCUUUUGUUGUAUAUGGUGGCUAUGUUAUGUUGAUUUACAGUAAGUACAACUUCAUGUUUGUUCCUAAUGGUUCCUUGAUAUCGAGACACAAGUUCUUGGUGAGUUUUUAUUUGCUGCAUUGUAUUUGUUUCUGUAAGUUCAUUUACAUUUUAGUGGUGUGGAGGAAAGACUUGCACUAUGUAAGCGGCACAUUCACCUUAUCUUUCAAACCUACUGAAUAUCUUGAUACUUUUUUAUCAACUUUUUUGAUACUUCCAUGUGAUAUCCAUUUAUUAUUUGUAAGUUUAUGUCAAUUGUUACCUCUAAUGUAACAUGCUAAUUGUGAAUUACUGAGAGGCACCUUAGAAUAUAUAUUCAAGUUUACAGUGAAUAACUGACCUUACAAUAAAAUGUUACUUGAAAGUGUGAAUUUGGGCUAGAUUUUGAGAUUAGGUUAUGUGUAUAAAUGAAAUUGGGAUAUAAAUGGUUUAAAUUGUGUUCCAUGCUGUUUAAAUGUAAGAGAUUUUACUGCAAAACAAUCAAAAGAUCUUUAUAAGUGAGUAGGUCUCUGGAUUUAUAUAAUAAUAUAAUGCACAUUCCAGAUUUUGAGCAGAUACUGCUACUAGAAUGUUUACUUUGGGAAAUGAUUGAGAGAGGUUUUCUGCAUGUGCAAUACAAAUAACCACAAUUUGGUUUUCUUCAUUCAGAUUUAUAUUAAAACUGUAUAUUUGUAUAACUGUAUGUUUUACACUGUGGGGCCCGUUAAAAGUACAUUAUGAUGGUAAUAGCUGGAUGUAUGCAGGAUAAUGUGAUAAAUGAGGACUGAAAGUAAAUUUUUGUUGAUAUUAUUAAUUCAAGUUCUUUUUUUUUUCUGUUUUCAUUUUAUUUCAACAGUUGUCAUGUAUUACAGAAUAUCAUUGACCGAGCUUAUUAUAAUUUUUGAUCUGUACAGUAGUUGAUUGAUAUAUAAUUAUUGUUGUUGUUGAGAAAAUAUUUAAAGAAUUGUAUGUAAAAUAUAAAUAUAUUCAUGUAUGUUUUUUCAAAUGUUGUCUCUGAAAAUCAAGAUGUAUUCUAGUAAUAUAAAUAGUAUAUAUUCUGGUGAGAGUUGAGAAUGAAGUUUUGUUAUGGAAAACUUAAAUCUGAAGUUUUGAUCCAUGAUGUUACACAUUUGGUGUUGUGUACUGAGUUAAUUAUUGUGUAUUGCAAUUCACUUUGCAUAAAUUACAAUGGAUUACAUAUCUUAAUGUGUUUGUAAGAAUAUUUUCAUUGUUACAAAUGGAUGCUCCAUUACAACGGGUCUCAUAAUGACACUCUAUUGUAAAGCCUGAGUGUUAUAUCACUGCAUGCAUGUUGUAUUACCAUAAUGUCAUUAUUAUGCUGAUUGUGGUGCCAAUAUGAGUUUAUAGAACUAGCAAAUGAAGUCGGUUUCUGAAAAUAAUUUGAAUGUUCCUUUUUGUUUUGAUUUACUAUAAGUGUUUUCAUUUACUAAUUAAUGUUGUUGUUCCUAUUUUUGAUAGGAAUGAUGAUAGAUAUUUUCAGUACAUUGUACUUAUGCUAUUGAUAUGAUUUAAUUUGAUUGAAACGGGAGUUUGAUGAAAAAUCAAACUUGUAUGAUAUGCAGGAGAUAAAUUGACAUUAUUUUUGUCUACUGAAAACUCGUACUUGGACUUCAGAAGAGCAUUGAGAAUGGUGGACUGAAAUUGAUUGUUGUGAUCAAUGAAUAAAAAAAAAUGCUCGUAAUGCUAGGAAACUGGAAUUAUGCCCCACUAGUCAAUCCUUUACUUUCGUUAGUAUUAGUGAGUCUGAUCAAUAUUUUAAAUAUUUUUUUAAAUGUAUUCAUGUAAAUGUUGAUUAAAAGAUUUAACAUAAGUAUGAUGGGUGUGUUAAAGUAAAGCUUGAACUUGACUUGAGCCCCCAAGACAGUUUUGUAUGUUUUUUAAAGCAAUUAUAUGGUUACUCAUAUUUUAAGUGUUUUCCAUUAUACUGUUGAAUGCUGACUUCAAUUGCUAGUUUUAAUAAUAUGAAUGUGCUCUGCUGUCUAUUCUGUGUGUCAGAAUAUUGAAGUAAUUUUCAAUUUUUUCUUUUUUAAUUUCAAAUAUAGUCAUUACAUAUAUGAUUCAUUAUUCAUUAUAUUAUAAAUAUAUGGCAAAGUAUUAUUAAUGGCAUACUGAUGACCUUAAUUACAUUACACUGUUGAAGAUUUACUUGAUAGUUUUGUGAAUUCCUAAUAGUUAAAUUGGACUGUCUUUAAAAAAUUCAUAUCAGAUUAGGUAAGCUUGACUUUUGUAUCUCUUUAUUAUUUUAUGUAUAUGUAAUUGUAAAACAUUGAGAUACUGUGGACAAUAAUAUCAUGUUCAUUAAAUGAAAUGAGGGUAGGCCAAAAAUGUCAUUGAAUUUUUCUGCUAGAUCAUUUUGUAUGUAGAAUAUUAUGAGCUGAAAAGUCGUGAAGUACAAGUAUGUAUCUCUUGAUGGCUCAAGUGCAAAAUGAUUCUGAUUACUUCAUUCAUAGAUACAUGUAUGAGGUGGAAAGUUGAAAAAUUGAAUGGGUGGUAAUUUUAUAGGUGUGUGGAAAGGAUUGUGAGUCAGUGAAGAUAUUUUUUUCUGGAGCAGAUGCAAUAGUUCUCUUAGUUCUGUGCAUGACAAAUAUUAAAUAGUAUUUUCUACUUGAAAGUGGUUUUGUAUUUAACAGUUUUGUUCUGUCAAACUUAAAUGACUUUUUCAAAUGUGAAAUGGAGGAUGAGAUAUACUUUCAUGAAAUAGAGUACUGAAGUCUUAGUACAGACACUUUUUCUGGCCAUUAUGUGAAGCAUAACCUUUUCGUAUUGUAUCCAAUGUGUUUUGUCUGAAGAAUAAAACAUGCAUAUUCAAAG